GUUCUACUCGUUUUUUGUACCUUCAAUUAUACUAGCCAAAAAUGCCAAAGAAGUUUAUUGACAAAAAGAAGGCCACCACAUACAAGCUCGUGUAUCGGUCGCAAGACGAUCCGCUGGCGUUCGAGGAGGGUGCCUCGGAUCGCGUGUUCGUCGAGGUCGGCAAGUCCGGGCAGCCCAAGAACAAGGGCAAGAUGAUUGAUCCGGACCAGACGGUGGAGCAGAGCCUGCGGGACCUUGCACUUGACGAUAUCCCUGAGGAGGACCUGGAUGGGCCGCGGGAUGCCGGCAAGGCUGCAUUGUACGGCGUGUAUCUGGAUGACCGGGAGUACGACUACACAAAGCACCUGCGGGUGGUGGGCAGCGGUGGCGGUGUGAUGCUGGAGGCGUCUGGUGCAAAGAAGGAGCGGGCAGCAGGAAUCCAGUUCACUGAGGAAGAGGAGGAGGAGGAGGAGGAGGCGGCGGGGCCGAGCAAGUUUGCGAUGCCGGCGGAGCUGCUGCCAUCGCAGCACCACAUGGAUAUCCGGGCAGAGGCAUUUCCGACAGGUCCGCAGCCGCACAUGAACUCGGAUCUGCGCGAGGCACUGGAGGCCCUUGAAGACGAUGGUGUUGAGGAGUUUGACGACGACUUCCUCGGCCAGCUGAAUGCAGACCAGGCGCCCGAGGGAGCCGAGAUGUCGGAUGAGUACGACGAGUUCCAGGACGACGAGGACUUUGAUCCCGAGGAUGUGUUCGCGCACGUGCGGCGCAUGAAGGCGCAGCGCAAGUACGACUCGGACAGCGAGUGUGGAUUCUCGGACGAUAUGCCUGAGGCGGCGUCGGACUUUUCGAUGUCCUCGUCGGCCAUGUUCCGAAACGACAAGCUGACGCUGCUGGACGACCAGUUCGACGCAGUGGAGGCAAUGUACGAGCGUGAGGAGACGGACAGCGAGGAUGAGCGGUACGACGAGGACGGGCAUGGCAUCGUCGAGUACGACUCGGAUGGCAACGCCAAGAGCAUCUCGACGCGGCCUGACUUCCAGCACGUGAUGGACGAGUUCCUCAGCGAGUUCGAGCUGACAGGCAAGCGCCUGCAGGUGAAGCUCGAGGGCGGUGAUGGCGCAGGCAAGCUGUCGACGGUGCGCAAUGCGAUGCUCAAGGAGGGCCAGGACGCCGAUGCGAGCCGCAAGGAGCUGCUGGAGAAGGGCCUGAAGAUGAUCGACGAGGCAAACGAGCGUGCAGCCAACGACGACUAUGCGGAUCUGGACGACCAGUUCCAGGAGAAGCAGCGCGUGCCGUGGGACUGCCAGACGAUCCUGACGACGUACUCGACACUGGACAACCAUCCAUCGACGAUCUACGAGAAGCGGGCGCCCAGAAUCAAGGUGUCGCGCAAGACUGGCUUCCCCAUGGUCGAGAACCCUGACGAGGAGAAGGAAGAGGCGGUUGAGGAGGAGGACCGCAAGAACAUGGGCGAGGCCCGCUCCAAGGGCGAGACAAAGGAGGAGAAGCGGCUGCGCAAGCAACAACUCAAGGAUGCCAAGCGCGAUCGGCGCGAGCAGAAGAAGGAGACGCGGAGUGUCUUUGCCGAGAAGCGGGACCGCAGGAUGCAGUCCAAGAAGGACCGUGCGCAGUACGUCAUCCACAUGGACUGAGGGUUUUGUUUAACUUUGAAAAAAUUGAUCUAAAUAUGC